AUGGAGGGAGUGGAACAUACUGCUAAUGGUGGAACGGAACAAGUCUUGUCUGAUGAGCAAGCUAAAAUCUAUGAUCGUCAAAUUCGUUUGUGGGGAGUGGAAUCACAAGGAAGAUUGUUGAGAACUAGAGUUUUGGUUUACGGAAUGACUGGAUUGUGUACGGAAAUUUGCAAGAAUAUUGUCUUGUCUGGUGUUGGACAUGUACAUAUUAUGGACGAUCAAAAAGUAAAUCACUUGGAUCUUGGAUGUAAUUUCCUGGUGAGAGAAUCGGAUGUUGGUGAAAAUAGAGCCAAGGCUUGUUUCCCUAAUUUACAAGAAUUGAAUCCUUUGAUGAAAGUCACCUUUGAAGAAGGUUCUCUUUCGGAAAAGCCAAGUGAAUUUUAUGAUGCAUUUGAUUUUGUUAUUCUUAAUAAUGUACCAUUGGAUCUUCAAAUUAAUGUUAAUAAUAUUUGUAGACAAAAGAACAUUUUAUUUAUUUCAACAACUAGUUUUGGAUUAUUUGUUCUUUCAUUCCAAGACUAUCUUGACAAUUUCAAUUACAAGAUAAAAACCCCACAAAUUGUGGAAAAGACUGAAUCAUUUGUUUCAUUGGAAAAAUCCCUUCAACAUGAUUUAUCAAAGCAAAGACAUUUAUCAAAAGUAUGGUUGAGUGUCAUGCUUUUACUUAUUUAUCAAUCAGUCAAUAAGUGCCUUCCUUCGAUAAAUGAUGGUGAAAAGUUAAUAGAAUUCAAGAAUAGUGGAGCAGUUCAAAAAGUUAUUCCUCAUGUUACAUUAAAGCAAUUGGACCUCAUAGAUAGUGAAUUUGCUACAUUCUUGUGUAAGUUUGCUAAUACUGAAAUUAAUUCAGUAUGUGCUAUUGCUGGAGGUGAAAUUGGUCAAGAAAUCAUCUCAAUUAUCACUAGAGAUAGAAAGCCACUCAAUAAUUAUUUCAUCUAUGAUGCCUUCCAAACAUUUUCUGGUAUUAUUGAAACAUUCCACUAA